UCUGCCUCUCUGUGUCGCCGUCCUCCUCGCCUGCUGAGCCCAGGAAGGGGCUUUUCCUCCCUCCCUCCCUCCCUCCCUCCCUCCGAGCGGCUUCCUGCUUUCGCUUUGGGGCUGGCGAGGCCUCGGAGGCGGCCAAGGACCCGGGGAGCAGUCCCUCCCUAGAGGCAGGUACAGAGCAGAAUGGAGGGUGAACUCUGAUGAAACAACAUCCAGGAGGGCAAGAGGAUGCUAACUAAGCAAGGAGCAGUUUUCAGCAAGAAAUCAAGUAAUCCUUGGAAAUUGUAGCGAACUACUAGAGAAGACCCAAGACUCUGAGCAAUUAUUCAUUCACUAGAUAAACAAGGAACAAAAGCAACUAACUGAAGAUGGCAAAUGUCUGCCGGACUAGAUCUUCCGUAAGAAGGCCUCCUGAAACAAUAGUCACUAAGGACUUUAUUGCAGAAGGCAGGCAAGCCAACAUUGAGCUGGCCCAUCACUGCUUCUGGUCUGCCUCUUUCCAGUGAUUAUCUUGUCCCUCACUAAAGUUCACAAUCCUGCAACAUUCCCAUCAUCUGUCUUGGUUCGAUGGAUCUAUUUUGCUUCUAUACCAGCGAAUGGCAAUAAAGUGACAUCAAGGGAGUGGGUGAAGCAGAUCCAUGGCGACUACCAGAGAGCUUCUUCGUGUGAUCAGAGAUUUAGAGAGUAUUGUGAUGGAAUUAAAUACAAAUUACCAGGCACGGGGACUACCAGUGACAGAUGGUAGUCGGGAGCUGCAACAGUUCUGUGCCCAGCUGGAGUUCUUGUUGCAGUAUGAUCUGAAAGAGAAGAGAAAUCUCUUUGGGCAGAAGAAAGAUUACUGGGAUUUUCUGAGUAGAGUCCUGACAAGACUGCACAGUGGAAUCCAUGAAGGAUUGCAACAUGUCACCUCCCUGGACAAACUAAAAACAUCUUUAGGGAAAGGACGUGCUUUUCUCCGCUAUUGCCUGGUCCAUCGGCAACUGGCUGAAACUUUGCAGCUUUGCUUCAUGGAACCAGAAGUCACCAGUGAAUGGUACUACGCACGCAGCCCCUUCCUGGACAAAAAGCUAUGGCUGGAUAUCUUGGGCUCCCUCUAUGAGCUAGAAGGCAUCACCUUCCACCUCGCACUCUAUAGAGCGGACCUGGAUGCUGCAUGGCCAAUGGUUUCUGAGGCUUUGCCACAACGUUCCGUCCCAGUUGCCAAGCACACCAAUGCAGAGAACGCAUCUUCUGAGAUUAGGAACUCAAAUCAAGGACCAGGAAGCAACCAAGAAGUUACCCAAAGCCAUGAGAAUUCAUUAAUAACCAAUGAUUUAUGUGAUCCCCAGUCAACAAAUGAUGAUCCAGUCAGACCUGGAUGGGAGCACUCAAUGGAGAAGUGGGUUGGAGUCUGGAGAAACAGAAAGAAUAGUCUGCUACAGAUGGGCUCCCUCCUAAAGCUGAGUUCUUUUAUGGAAAGGGAAGCCCAGCAUCCAGUUUCUGGUGAGGAAGUGAAGAGGGGAAAUGGUGAGUCACAGAUCCAUGUGGACAAAUUCAGUAAGGAGCAACCAGGCAAGGCCUCUUCCAGCCAAGAUCUUAGUUCCUUGCUUCCUCAGUCUGAACAUGUCCUCUGUGAAAAGAUGGAGAAUCCACAAAUGACACCUGAAAAUGAUAACUGCUGGAAGCAGAAGGAUUUGAGAGCGAUGAUAUGGGAACUUAGUGUUUUGCAGCUGAAGUUGGCCCAGCAACAAGAAGAAAACAAGUCUCUGAAGCAAACCCUUUUAGAGGAGAAUUGGGCUCUAAAAGAGGAGCUAGCCAAGCAUGAAAAACAACAGAAGGAGAAAAUGGAAGAUCAGGAGAAACAGCAGCAAGAGCUGUCCAAGGUAGUAAAAUCCCUCAGAGAAGCAGAAUGCAAGAUUGCCAACCUGACUGGUGAAUGCCAGGAGGCAUGGGCCAAGAAAGAUGCUGCUGAGAGGCGUUUUGAGGAGGCAGAACAAAGGCUGAGUUCUCAAGAGACUGAACGGAGAAGGUGCCUGGCAGAAAAGGAGGCUCAAGAAUUGAAGCACCAGCAAAUGAUCUCUCAAUGUCAAGGGCUGCAGGAGAAACUAAAGGUGUGUGAAAAGAGUCUGGACAGAUGGGAAACCCAAGUGGCUGCUUUAAGCAGCCACCAUGGCCAACUAGAAACAAUUGAAGGACACUCAGAAGGGACAAAUGACACAACAGUAGAGUCAGCAUUAAAGAAGGGUCUUUUAAGGGAGAAACUAGAAAGGAGGCUAGCUGAGAUAAAGGUGCUAGAAAGGGAGAAGGAGGCCCUCACAGAAACUCUCAUUUCACAAGAGAAAAACUUUAUGUUAACAAAAUUAGAAGUUCAGGACCUUCAGAAGAAAGUGUCAAUGUGUCAAGAACAUAUUGUUACUCUCCAGAUGUCUCUGCAGAAGACAGAGACGGUCCUAAAAGACAAGGAAGGGCAAGUGCAAGGCUUGCAAAGUGACCUACAAGCCCAAACAGACCAGCUUCAGGAGGUUUUGGAGGAAAACACUACAUUGAAAGUUCAGUUAGAAGAAAUGGCUAGCAAGAAAUCCCAGCUGAUUGAUCAACUAGCUGAGGAGCGGGCCCAGUGUGAAAGAGCCAGACAGGAAUCAGUGAGCCAGAUAGGAACAGUUGAAAAAGAGGUUGCUAUGCUUCAAGAGGAGAAGAAGCAGCUCUUAUCCACUCUUCAGCAAGGCCUUGAAGAAAGAGAGGCUUUGUCAAAGCACUUAGAGAGCACUACUGCUGCCCUGAAGGGACAGAUCCAGGAGGGCACCCAACUUAGAAGUGAGCUGGAGAAUGGGAAGGCCAUCAGUCAAGCACUACAGAAAACCUUGCAGGAUAAAAAUGAAAUUGCAGCCUCUGCCCUAAGAGAGGAGUGCCUGCAACUAAAAACAUAUGUGAGUCAACUAGAACAAGAGAAAAAGCAAGCCACUGACAUAGCAAAGAAGCUGAGUGAAGAACUGGAACAAUACUGGGAAUGGUCCACAGAGAAGAGUGUUCCUCUUUGUGGCAAUGUGCUAGCACUAGCACCUGAGGCCAGAGAUGAGAAAGCCAGGGUCUCAGUCAAGGACAGGGGCAUCCUCACAAAGGGAAACAGCCAUGGGGUAGCAAGGCCAGAACUACUGGACACAGAUAUUCUUCCAGCUGGUGUGCCACAAGCUUUGGAAAGAGAUGUCAAGAAAGUGAGGAGUGGCAAGCAUGAAAAUCAAGCCCAUGGAAAGUGUCUAAAUAGCCAUCUGGACAAAAUGAUAAACGAUGUUCAACAGGCAAAGCAACAGCUAGCAGCCAAGACAGAAACUACGAAACAUCUCACAGAGCAGCUGGGCCGAUCUCAGCAAGAAAAAGAACAAUUGCAGCUCUUGUUGGAAAAAAGACACCAAGAAUCAGAAGAAAAAGAAAAUAAAUAUAAGCAACAGUUGUCGGAACAGGGGGAGCUUAUUUGCAGUAUGAAAGGGAAGCUGCUGGAUUUACUGCGGGAGAAGGAUGCUUUGUGGCAGAAGACAGAAGGCAUUUCUCCUCCAGUGGCGUGUUCAGCUCCCCAGACUUCUGGGACAUGUACUCUCUGUAAAAAGGAUUUCAGGCUCAUGUCACGUCGCUACCAGUGCAGGUUGUGUCAACACACUGUGUGCCAUGCUUGUUCCACGAGUACUGGGCAGAAGGAGCGCUGUUGCCUGACAUGCCACCAGAAAAGAAACAGCCAAGGAACCUGACACCCAAAACAUCCUCAAAUCAACAAGGGCUACUCAGUUCCAUGGUUGGCCAAAACUUUCCUCUGGCUAACGUGGUAGUUUGACAAUGGAUGCAGCUUCCUUUGGAUCAUCACUGCAGAAGAACCUGGUGAAGCAGGAGCAUACUAGGACUGUUGAGGGUAUUGGAAUGAUUAUGAGGAAUUCCUUUCAAAAUUAGAUAGAAAUAAAGUCUGACCCUGAAUAUUCAGGAGCUUUCAGUGAUGCUGGGCAUCUCUAAUGUAUUUCAAACCCAAUGACACGUUUUGUUGAAAAUCUGGUUUUAGCUGACAUUCUUAGGAGGCCUGCAAGCAACCUUCCAGAGGCAGCCAAGCCUCUCCUACCAUUACAUCCCCAAAUUUAUUAUUUUUAAAGACUAUAAUGCAUGAUAGAACAGUCAAUUGGAUAAGGUUAUGAUGUAUCUUUAAUUCAGUGUAUGAUGUAGGUAUCAUAAUGAAGCGAUGUUAGAGCUUGAAAUCUUAUUUUUGAAACCUAAAGUUCCCAAAAUCCUCCAGUCUGCAUGGCUACUGAUCACAUAGCCUCAGGCCUUCUGGGUGUUGUAGCUAGGUUUCUGAGUUGUAACCUCCUCCAAAAAGAGGUUUGCCAUAACUUUCCAAAGCUUUCCAUAUCUUCCUAUUUAUUGUUAACAUGUAGGGAUAGUCAUAUGUGCAUAGAGUACCCAUAUCAGUAUUGCCUCUUACCAAACCAAACCAAGUUCUUCCAACUUAGGAUUUGAGCAAAGUAGUUAUAGAAUCUGCCAUAUGUGUCCAGGCAUAACAACAAUAAUAGCAAACUUUAAAAGACUGUUUUCUUUGGACUGUUCUCCCAGCAUCCCCCUUGAUCAUGGUGUGUGGCCAUGCUUGCUGGAAAUUUCUGGGAGUUGGAUCCAUAUUGUCAGCAAAUACUGAGACCACACCAAGUUCCCAAAGCUCCUCGCCCAUAUUGUGCAUUAAUCUAGCACAGGAAUGGGCAAACUUUGGCCCUGGUAGGCUGUUAGGAAUUGUGGGAGUUGAAGUCAAUAAUAAUAAUAAUAAUAAUAAUAAUAAUCUUUAUUUGUACCCCGCUACCAUCUCCCCAAGGGACUCAGUGCGGCUUACAUGAGGCCAAGCCCGAAGUACAUCAAACAUCAAUAACACAACAUUGAUAAACAAUCAAUAAAAUACAAAUCAUAUAAAUCACAUAACAAAAACAACAAUCAAUAAUGACAUAUUAAAAAUGGCCGGGCCAUAGAUUAAAAUUGAAAAUAUGCUGACGUGAACAGGUAAAAUGUAACUGGGAUAGGAUUUUUCAGAGAGAAACACCUGGAGGGCCAGAGUUUGCCCAUGCCUGAUCUAGCACAGCCAUAUAUUAUUUGCAGCUGGUGGAAGCUUAUUUGAGAUGUUAUCUGAGAUAAGGCUCAUUUUGGGAGAAAAUAGUCCCCACCACAAGCUGUUGUGGCCAUUCUGUAUUUUAUUGUGCUUUUAGUCUGAAGGAAACUUGAAUUCAUAAUUGCAUUGUGUAGAAAUGAUUAUUUGUGGUUGUGCGUAUCUAAGAGGUGCAAUUUAGUGAAAACCAUUGGAAUGAUUCUGUUUUGGUUUACUAUUUUGGUAUUCCUUUUUAUACAAUAAUGCAUAACAUGCUGUUCUGCUUUCUCCAUAUUAACAAAGCAAUUAAUAGUUAUUGUUUUUCAGAUGCUGCUAAAAUAAUGGUACUAAUGAAUAAUAUAGUUGGGAGGAGAGUGCUUGUGUUUUAAAAUAUUUUAGAGAUAAAUUUUCCAAAUUGUAUCCCAUUCACCUAUCCCUGCAAAAAGGAAUGAAAUAACCAAAAACAAAAGUUGUGGGGGUUUUCAUAAAUAAAUAAAAACCC